AUGCCGCCUGCGGGGAUGGGUGCGGCUGGACGAUAUGAGGAGUACAGCCAGAAAGAGAUCAAAUUUAUUGAGGGAGAGUUGAAGGAUUGGUUCUUGCAGCGCCGAUUUGCCAUGGAGCGCAAUAUUGCGAUGAAGAAGGCUUUAGAUGAGAAUAACUUCAGUGGAUUGUCUAUGGCCAAUCCCAACAUUCCCGAUGCGCAGAAGGUGAUGUGGUCUGACUUGGUGCAGGGCAAGCCCGAAUUGGAGGACUCUUUGAGUUCCAAUGCCAAGCAGAUGAAAGUGGACAUGUACUCCAAGAUCUUCAAGGACUCCACCGAUUUGGAGCAUCCCUGCAGAGUCGCUGGCAGCAGCUACCUCCGGUGCCUGCAGGAGAACUUCAAGGACAAGGCCUCAACGCGACUGAUGAAGUGCUUGCCCUCCUUCGAAAGCUUCGACGCAUGCCGCAAGGGCAUCAUGCAGCAGCAAGCACAGUCCCUGGAGAAUGCCCUCAUCAAGCAGGACAUUGCAGAUCGCAGGGCCAAGGCGCUGUUUGAUCGUCGAAGCAUCUUGCUUGAUACGCAGAGUUGA